AUGAAAUGGAAUUAACUAGAAAGCACAUAAUCUAGUUUCAAAAUUUAAAUUUUAACCUCACAAAAUGUUUAGAAUAAUGGAGCUAUGCAAAAUCUUUUUGCUAAAAUGAUAAAAUGUAGAACCUUUUUAAAUAGUAGAAGCAGUUCCUUCACAAUAUAGUUUAAUAGUGAAUUCAAUUAUAUAAUCAUAGGCAAAAGCAGCGUAAUAACUGGAAUAAUAAUAACUAUAAUAGAAACUAACUAAUUAACUAAUAAAGUUUUAUUAUUUUAUUAUUUAUAAUAAUAAUUGAACAUAUUUCACUUAAAUAAAAAGUUGGGUACCAUUCUUUGUAUUUACAAGAACUCCAAAAAAUUAACUCCAAUAAUGAAUAAUCCUUAAGAGUAUCAUUCAUAUAGAUCUAAAUUAAGGAGAUAAAUAAUUCAAUCAAAUACUUAAAAUGAGCAUUCUUAUUCAUAACAAAUAAAAUUAGAAAUAUAGCCCUCUUAUGAUGAGAUAGAAAUAAGAAUUGAGAAAGCAUUGAAAAUGAUGGAGAAAUUUGAAUAUAAAUUUUGUUUAGGAUUGGGCAAAUACAAUUAGGGCAUUUAUCAUCCAAAAAAAGUGAUAAAGAAUGCAUUUAGUUUUGGAGAGAUUGAGAUUUAGUUCAUUAGAUUAUAAUAAUUUACUUCGAUAUAAUAUAGUCUUUAGAAUAACCUUUUUAAAUAGCAUAAAUAAAAAGAAUAUUUAUUAAAAGAUAGACGAAAAAUAAAGAUAUCAAAUAUAUUUACAACAAAGGAUUAUGAUGAAGAUUUCAAAUGUAAAUUAAGACUGAGUUAGGAUAAUAUGGUUUCAUGAAGGAAAUUUUUGUUAGCAAAUUAGAAGAAAAUUGAGGGAAGACAUGCAAGUGAAAAAAAUUAACUAAAUAUACCUUGUAUGAAAUAGGAAAAUAAGAAUGCGAUGGCUGCAUUUUUAGCAGAAGAUUAACAUGUAUUUUUAGAAAGAAUAAUGACAUGUCGAUUCUAUUUAAAUGAUAACUUUAAUGAUGGACUAUAUGAUGGAGAAUUAUGA